AUGAUGAUUGGACAGCAGACGGUGAAUGCGUUUGUUGUGAGCAGAGAUGAUUCAACAGAAACUUUUUACGCAUAUUGCAAUUCAAUUGGUCGAGAUCUCAUUAUCGACAAAAAUUUCGUACCGCCAGACGUUGACAUUUUAGGAAAAUGGAUAAAGGUUCUCGUUUGCCACGAAAAUAAAGUAUGCCAAAAUGUUUUAGUUAUCGACGAUCUUUAUGAAUGCAGAGUCAUGCAGGGAUUACCCGAGAUAAAAGUUGAUAUCGAGCACGUUAGUCGCUUUGAAGACAAGUUCGAAAUGUUUCAUCACAAUUUUUUUGGAUUCAUUUGUGAUGUCAGAAACGUGAUCAAAGUUGUUGAACAUGCUGUUUCAUAUAAUGUCUGGAUUGUGCGCCAUAGGGAACCAGGAACCAAUUCCCGUUGGAGAGUUUCAGUCAAACAAGAUAAUGUUGUAUCGAUAAACUUUCAUAACCAUCAACCUGAUCUCAGAGUGGUUGAAGGAGUUAUUCACAGCCACAACGCAGAAGGUGUUGGAUAUACAGCAUGGUCGAAAUCAGAGCCCACACAUCGAAUUUUCAUAAACUAUUCCUUAUGCCCAUCAGAAGAAGACUUGCUCGGAUUAUGGUUCAAAAUUCAACUUGAUGAUAAAAGUGAUGCUCAAAGUCUGGUCUCACGUAUCGACAGUCCGUUUCCAACUCGUGUGAAAUCUAAUGUCGUUGAGAUUCUAGUUCAAUUCGAGUGUGUCCCGAAUGCUUCUGAUCGAGCAGAAGCGUUACAUCAUUCGUAUUUCGGUUAUAUCUGUGACCCAAAAAAUGUUUUACCGGGUCCAGAAACUGGCGAGACUUAUAGUGGAUGGAUUGCAUAUCAUCAUAAAGCUGACACAAGCUCUCGCUGGCGACUGGCAACACAGCAAACUAUAAACGGGCCAUUGUUUCGGGAUCAACGACCAGAAGUCAGAAGUUCUAACAACGAAAACUUUCAAUACCGAAGUCGGUCCUCUUUGAGUCAUCGUCGCUCUCCCUCACCAACAAUCAUAAAUGAAUAUGAUGAAACUGACGAUACUGUAAAUGGGCAAUUGAUGUCUUCCCCGUACACAAACGCGAAAGAACACAAAAGUCCAAUCAAUAGUACCAAAGGAUAUGAGCGUCACAUUCCCAAAUCUCAUCAUUCGUCUCAUUCACCCUCCACUGCACCUAACAUUAAUAACAGUCGUCAGAUCAAUAACCACUUCCCAAGAGAUUCCUCUCCACAACUCAAUAUUUCAGUCAGUCGUCCUAUAGAAUAUUCGCAGAGAAACCAAACGAUGAAUCAUCGGUCUCCGAGUAAUCAAUCAUUUAGAGGUGAAACUACAGACGACUCUGAAUAUUAUGAAGAUUCUGAUGAAGAAUUCAAAGAUUUGGCUCCUUAUGGAAGAUUCGAGGGUCUCGAGAAUACCAUGACAGAAGAAGAUAGAUGCUCUCCAUUGCCUCAAAAAUCUCGAGAAAUUAGUACUACAAAAAAUCAGAAAUACGGAUAUAAUGAUGAUCAUCAGUCAACUUCCACUUACAUGGCAGUCAACCAAUAUGGAGACUCCAAUCAUAUUCCUGAUCAAAAUGCGCAUCAGACCGAGACAAAAAAUCAGAAAACGUCAGAGAAGCGAGAGAUCCUUCGUCUUAAACUGGAAAAACGCGAGAUGGAGGCCUAUUUCUCAACACUCGUCGCGGAUGCAGAAGUUUUGGAGGAAUUGCGAUUCGCAGACAUCGAGAAAUUCGAGGAACUUAUGAGAAUUAUCGAAGAAGAUCAAAUCAAAAAUUAA